GAGGUGGGGCGAUCCAGUGCUUUUCGUUUUCAUCUCAGGCUCUUGAGCGCCAUUAGGUUUAAAAGAAAAAAAAUUAAUAAAAUAGCAAUUUAUACAGAUCAAGUCGCUGUAAUAGAAGCGACUCUGAUCUGGCCGAGGAAUAAUUUUUAAGUAAAAUCCGGCCUAAGGGGAUGCUGCUGCAGCCGAAAUCGAAGAGUCUCAUAGUCAUACCGUCGUCGGGUUUAAUGUCGCAUUUAUUCGGUAGACACGGUUUCUCGAUAGAAUUGACCGUAUAUUGUAGAAGAAGUCACCGACCGCGACAGAGAUGUUGAAUUCGCACUAAUACUCCCGUGAGCGACUUUUUAAAACCUUCUGAUAGCACAACGGCGCUCAUUCGAUUCACUCGCCUAAAGAUCAAACGCGCAAAGCUGUACACACAUCAAUCCCACCGACCUAGGCUGGAAAACAGAGUCGACGGCCGCAGAAUUUAUAUAACUGCCGCAAGGAUCAGCAGCAAAAAUACUAGAGACGUAGAGAAAUGAAGCUGUUGGAGAACUCCAGCUUCGAGGCGCUGAGCUCUCGGCUGUGUGUGGAAACGGGAGAUGCUCACAUUCUGGGCAGGAUUGAGAGUUACUCCUGUAAGAUGGCUGGUGAUGACAAGCACAUGUUUAAGCAGUUCUGUCAAGAGGGGGAGCCACAUGUCCUGGAGGCCUUGUCCCCCCCACAGUCCAGCACCACCAGCCCUUCACAGUUGGGCAAGAGCUGCGAGGAUGGUGAGAAUCCUUUGAGUGACAAAUGCUGCCGGAAGACCCUCUUCUACCUCAUCACCACGCUGAACGAGUCCUUUCGGCCUGACUACGAUUUCAGCACCGCCCGUGCGCAUGAGUUCAGCCGUGAGCCGAGUCUCAACUGGGUGGCCAAUGCAGUGAACAGCAGCCUGUACUCUGCAGUGGGGGAGGAGUUCAACUCCUUAGGUCCAGAGCUGUGGAAUGCAAUUGACCAGGAGAUUAAUCUUCAGAGUUGUGACAUUUACAGCUACAACCCUGACUUGGACUCGGACCCCUUUGGAGAGGACGGCAGCCUCUGGUCCUUCAACUACUUCUUUUACAACAAGAAGCUGAAGAGGAUUGUUUUCUUCACUUGCCGCUCCGUCAGCUUACUGAGUGGAUAUGGCCAUGGCUCCCUGGACAAUGAGCUUGAGAUGGAGCUAGAUGAUGAAGAAGAGCUGGAUGGUCUUGCUGAGGAUAGGUUCCCUAGGGCCCUGUGUGUCUGAUCUCUUCUCAGGGACAAACAUUUGCACCAUCCUUCUGUUUGGUCCUUGUCCUUCAGAUAAUCUUUUUAAAAUGUCUCCUUUUGAUUAUAAUGCUGUUGACUUUGACUCCUUCAUUGAACAUGGGUGAUGUAUCAUCCCUCCUUUCUGUGGGUUGGAUUAAAGUAUCCUGUCAGAACAUGGAGUAAUGCCAGAAUGCCCCUGUGACCUCCAUUGCUGAACUGACAUAUCUGCAGUACCCUCUGAUGUAUGGGGGUAGAUUUGAGCCCCCCCUCUUCACCCUCAAAAUCUGUUGUCAGCUUACAUUUAGCUGAAGGACAUUAUGUGCCUACAACCAGGCUUGUUCCAGACCUCAUGGGUAUGGGUGUUCAAGAAGAAAUGGCUUUUCUUUUUUUGGACCGGUAAAGUAUGACAUUGUGGACUGGGGAUGCCCUGCUUCAUUACAGUAAAGGACAACCACUGAAGCAGGACAGGCCUGGUAUUACACCAGCAUCAUCAACAGGGCUGGAGGGCUUACAAAAAAGGUCUUCAGACUUCUGUAUUAUGGCAUAAUGUGCACUGGCAAGGAGGGCUGGGGUGACUGAACCUGACACGACAGACAUAAAUUGCUUUUAAAAAAAAAAAUUCUUCUGUUCCAAAGUCCAUCAUUGUGAACAUUGUGCAGCUAUUUGGCACUGCAUGGAGCUGCCUAAGAACCUAUAUAAUGAAGGCAUUCAGCAAUUCUGUGUGUUUUU